AUGGCAAAACCAAAGCGUAUGAGCGAGAUCUUCACAUCCUCAAGCGACAAAAACGCAUCUACCGCUCUCCCAACCACAACCCCGCCUUACUCAAGCGAAGGACCAACCCUACCCAUUGUUGGAAUCGCAAAGAAAUCAAACGUACAACAAGUCGACGCGAAAACUAGCAAGAAACGAAAAGCACAAGACCAGAGCUCCAACACCGUAACAACAAACUCACCACCCACCGUUCACCCAUCACUCUAUACCCCUUGGAUCCUCUUACCCGUCGAACUCCUCAAGCUUCUCGAAUCUCAAACCCGACUACGCGGCACGCAAAACGUGAUACCAAUUGUCUUCACGAAAAAUCAGAAUGUCAAGACAGGGAUCAAUCGGCUAAAGAUGCUCCUCGGCGUGUCUCCAAACACUGCAUCAACCAUCGAAACAAGAGAUGCAAUGAAUCAUAAAGACCUAGUCAUUGCCAUCUCAGCGCAAGGCGAUGGCACAACGAAGUUGGUUGGCAUUGUAGAUAUGACGAGACGGAUCGUCGCUUCGGGGAACAGCGAUGAAAAGGCAGGGAAAGAGAUAGAGACAUGGUUGAUGUAUACAGUCCUCACGAGUAUCAAGGCUGAGAGGCGGGCAAAGAACAAGACUAAAGAAGUAGAAGAUACGCAGGAGACACAGGAGGAGGAAGCUUUUGAGCCUAUGGAAAUUGAUAAACAGGAAGACACAGAUAAGAACGUCGAGAUGAGGAAGGUUCCAGUACUCACUGUUUGGAUGACGAAGAAGCGUAUACCAGAAUUUCGGGAUGCUUUCGGAGAGCAGUCGUUCCAAGUGCAGAGGCAUGAAGAUCUGGACUGA